AUGCUUUCAAAAACAUUAACAAUUUUGUGCAUAUUUUCUUUAAUAGCAUUAAGUGACGCUUUUGAGCACAAUCAAAACAUCGAAUCGCGAGGGAAAAAAAAGAAAAAGUUUGCAAUAGAACUGUUCGUAUACUUCGCCGACAUAGUAAUUAAGAAGAUAUUCAUUCUUAAACUGGUCUACGCAUUCGUCCUUUGGUGCGUCAUCCACAAAGCUGGCUACUUCCUCGGCUGGUUCGUGUCUUUCCUUGUAGAGAAGAAGGAUCGUCACCACGAGCACCAUGAACACGUACCUCACUACGAUCAUUACGGCCAUUACGGACCUUACAGGAGGCAGAAUUGGGGAAACAAAGCAUUUUAGUAUAUUUAGACAGAAAUUGAGGGCUAAGAUAAUUCGCGCCCCUGUUAUAAUUGUGGUGUACAGAAAAAAAGGGGCGGUGUGGCCCGCCAACUCCCUCCAUUACGACGUUAGAUAUCGGGGUGUUAGAUACAGUGAACGGACGUAUCGCAUCAUAACAUCAAACUUAGUUGUUUAUCCCUGUACAAAAUGGCGUAGACGUCUUAUUCGUCUUAGCAUGUCGACUCUGACGUUCAUAUUUGUAAGGACCAGUACUCAGAGGCUGACAUAGCAUUAUCAAUGGCGUUGUAUAAUAGGACCUAGCGUGUCCAGGUGUAGGGAAGUACAAGGACGAGAGACUGUCGAGAGUCUGGCGAGAGAU